UUCUUCACAUCCCACAUUCAAACAUACAAAAGACAUACAUUGCAAAGCAAAAGUAUAAUAGUCAUGGCUAAGUCUGCUACCAUCAUCACCUUCCUUUUCGCUGCUCUUGUUCUCUUUGCUGCUUUUGAAGCACCAACAAUGGUGGAAGCACAGAAGUUGUGCGAGAAGCCAAGUGGGACAUGGUCAGGCGUUUGCGGAAACAGUAAUGCAUGCAAGAAUCAGUGCAUUAACCUUGAGGGAGCAAAACAUGGAUCUUGCAACUAUGUCUUCCCAGCUCACAAAUGUAUCUGUUACGUCCCAUGUUAAUCUACCAAAAAUCUUUGGUGCUUGAUCGUGUGUGUAUUUUACUUUAAAUAAGUCGGUGUCACUCUAUGAGUGACUUUAUGACAUGCAUAUAUGUUUAUGUUUUUAUGUUUGGUUUCUCCUUGUUAUAAUAAUACUAAAAAAUUAUGUACGACGUUGGACUGUUUCAUCAUAUCCCAUAAAAAUACAUGAUUGGGGUGAAAAUCUUGAACAUAUUAAAAAAAUAUUAAAUCAAAAUGAUAAAG